AGGACUCGAACCUGUCCAGGUGACAGCCCUUCACAUACUGGGAGACGACCUCGGGACAACCAGCAGUCCAGGUUUAGACGGACGCAGACAGCUUGCACAUCACAAAAACAGCCCUCCUGCAAGUCAUCCUGGACUUCGGGUCCCAAAAUUGGAUGGAUUGUCCUCUUUCAUCCUAUACCAUGGAAACCUGUUGACUCCUCUGACUUCUGGGCAUAUUAAGUCUUUGGCUCCCAAACUGCCACUGCACACUUUCAAAACGGGGAAGGCAGACAGUUCAUUCCAACUUCAGUCCUUCCUUUGCUUAUUUCAGUCUGUGGGCUUAGGCUGAAUUUCAAAAAGAACACAUUUGGGGGAAGAAGAGGAAGAAAAAAGUGUGAAAUUUCCCUAAGAAAUCAAUUCCAGGAUUCCCCCUCUCCUUUAAAUUAAGCACGUACAAGCAAUUAUUUUUCCUCUCCGGGAUUUUGGAAUGCUGGGCUCCGUCAAAAUGGAAUCGCAUGAUAUUUCCGAAUGGACAUCGUAUUACAACGAACCCACAGAGGUAUUUCCUUCAGUCAGCACAAUGACGUCCAGUUUGGGACCGAUGAACCCAAUUAAUUCUUAUGUGACCCUGAAUCCUCUAAGUUCUCCCAAUUCUAUAAAUAUGACUUACCCAAACAGCGGCUUGAGCAGCCCUUCUGUCACGGGACUGGCCAAUACCACCAGCCCCAUGGGUCUUCCAACAGUGGCAUCUCCUGUCAGCCCAGUAUUGACUCCACUGGGAGCCCAGGCACCCACUCUCAAUUCACUGUCACCCUAUCAAAAUGUUGGCCAAUCAAUGGCCCCUCUGGGCUAUUCUCCCUCAAAUAUGAGCAGGCCCAAAGAGAUCAACAAGUCCUACCGGCGCACACUGACCCAUGCCAAGCCACCCUACUCAUACAUCUCCCUCAUAACCAUGGCCAUUCAGCAGGCUCCCAGCAAAAUGCUGACCCUCAAUGAGAUCUACCAGUGGAUCAUGGAUCUGUUCCCCUACUAUCGUGAGAAUCAGCAACGCUGGCAGAACUCAAUCCGCCACUCCCUCUCCUUCAAUGACUGUUUCGUCAAAGUGGCCCGUUCCCCAGACAAGCCAGGCAAGGGUUCCUACUGGGCCCUCCACCCCAAUUCAGGCAACAUGUUUGAAAAUGGCUGCUAUCUGAGACGCCAGAAGCGUUUCAAAAUUGAGGACAAGGCCAAGAAGACGAACUCUAAGGCUUCCAAUGCUCGAGAGCAAGGCUCAAAGGUUUCUGAAGGCCUUCAGGAAGGCCAGAGUCCCAACCCUGGUUCAGAAGGAGCAGAGUCCGGCCAUUCAGACACCUCCCAUGGUUCUGAGGAGCAAAGAGGUUUGGUUCAGCUUGAUUGCUCAGGGGCUCAGGGCUCAUCUCCAGCUUCUGAGGCCUCCCCAGCUCCCAUCUCACAAUCUAUGAAUAGUCACUACUUUGCCAACUCCAUUACCAACCUGGAUCUUCCAAAUGAUCUCAAAAUGGACCCUCAGUUCAACUUCAAUCAUCCUUUUUCCAUCACCAACUUGAUGUCCACAGAGCAAAGCCACAAGAUUGACCUGAAGUCCUAUGAGCAGGCCAUGGCAUACAGUGGCUACAACUCCCCACACUCAGUGGAAAGUAAACAUACCUAUGAGACAUCCACCUCGCUCAGUGAGACCGGUUCCUACUAUCAAAGCCUCUAUAGCCGUUCUUUGCUCAACGCUUCAUAAGGCUGCUGCCCUACCACAAAAUAAAAAGGAAGGACACCAGACAGAUAAAAGAAAUUCUGCCACAAUCACCAGAAAGACCAUCCAUGAGAUGUUCCCUCCCAUCGCCAGCCAGCUACAACAUGAGUAGUGGAAAGGAACAUACCGCGAGGCCUGGUCUACCAGAUUCUGAUGAACCCUAUUGCUUUCCAGAUCUCAUCAUGGUCAACAAUACCUUCUAUUUCAACAGACUCAUGUGCCCAAAGUAACAGGGAACAGCAAGAAAGAAAAGUACCAUGCCUUGCUGCUAUCAACCAAGGGCAGACUGGUUAAAGCCAGCUGUAGAUCUCUGUUCACGUUGACAUGAAUGUCAUUGGUCAGCAUGGAUUCCCAAAGGGCAAAACCCACCAUCUCAAACUGAGGGGCCCCACUCUGAAUGUUUCAGUUAUUAACUAUAUUUUAUUUCUUCAGGAGUGGAGGUAUGGUGAAUGUCCAUACAUAAAUGAAGGAGACAGAAAAGGAAAUUCUGAAAUCUGGAGCAUGCUGGAGGCUGUUCUGCAGCCCAGGACAUCUGACUUUGCUGUCUCAACAAAGAUGUUACAGUCAAUGAUUGAAAUUUUGUCUUGGGAUACUCAAACCCACCCAUUUAGGUCAGAAUCAUACUUGGUGGGGACUUCCAUUGUUACACAUACAGAAGGGGGUUUGGUUACACCAAAGACAAUUUAGAUCACAGACUGAAGAGGAACAGGGAAUAUAGUUCAAAUAUUUUUUUGUAAUGGCUUUAUAUUUAAAUACAUGUGCUUUCUGUUGGGAAAAGGGUAAGAGUUGAUUUAAUAUAUCAUACUUUAGAGACAGUU